UUUAGCAGCAGCAUGCACAGCCGCUUGGGUCUUCGCCUUGCCUCGUCGGUCGUCCGCGCCGCAGGCCCGCUUGGCACGCAGGCGCAGAAGCGCUCGGUGGCCUUCUCGCAUGGCAAAAAGGGCCUCCAGGAACUGCUCCAUCGCAACAAGGAAUGGGCAAGCAACGUCAAGAAAGACGACCCGACGUACUUCUCCAAGCUCGCAGACACGCAGACGCCCGAAGUGCUCUGGAUCGGCUGCUCGGACUCGCGCGUGCCGGCCAACCAGAUUUUGGACCUUCCGCCGGGCGAGGUGUUUGUGCACCGCAACAUUGCCAACCAGUUUUUGAGCACCGACUUGAACGCGCUUUCCGUGCUCGAGUACGCCGUGAACGUACUCAAAGUCAAGCACGUCAUCGUGUGCGGGCACUACGGCUGCGGCGGUGUCAACGCGGCCUUGUCCCAACAAGAGUUUGGACUCGUUGACAACUGGCUUCGCAGCAUCAAGGACAUUUACAGCGACAACACGGCAGUCUUUGAGCGCCUCUCGGACGACAAGAAGAAAUCCGACUUGCUCACAGAACUCAACGUGGCCAAGUCGGUCUAUAACGUCUGCCACACGCGCAUCGUUCAGAACGCCUGGCAGCGAGACCAGGAGCUGCAAGUACAUGGCUGGUGCUACCGACUCAAGGACGGUAUCAUUCGCGAUCUGAAGAUUUGCAUCUCGGGCGAGGAGCAGGUCGAGGCGAUCUACCGCAAGAUGAUGGAGAAGACGACGCCCGAGCUCUGAGCUCUGCGUGGUAUCCCGUCUGCGUCAACCUUGUCCAAUAAACCGCAUAACAUGAAGUUGGCUGAUGCAGUCGUCACUUCGCUAUACUGUCGACCUGCCAAGUCCAUACCCGAU